AAUUGGGAGGAGCCAAAUCCCACUUGAAGUGUUCCCCCAGAGACCAAUGUUAGAGCAGCCAAACGAGCCCUAAUAAUUAAUAUCAUUCCACAUUUGCCCCCGUUUGAUUGUUGAAUGACCUUCUUGUUCUACUCGCCCGUCCCUUUCCCAAUCUCUGCUUUUCUCUUCCAAGCACGAGCCGGAGCAGCCAUUGUGAGACUCAAUUGUCUAUGUCCGAUCAAAGAUUACGAUCGACCUCAAUUGAAUGCUAAGAAAACAGAAAUAAAGAAAAGGAAUUCUACGAGUUCUUCAAUAUGAUGACGCGGUCGUCUUCUGGUCAAAUCAACAUCGAGGCGCGUACGAAGAAACUCGAUGUAGAUAAUCGAAUCUCUCUGAGAAUUUACUAUCGGAUCGCUGAUAAUGUCCUCAAACAGGCUGACAUUUUCCGCGCAGAGGGAGACGUCAUAGAUUUAUAUGUCAUGCUUCUUAGAUUCUCAAGUUUGGUCUCUGAGACAAUACCAUGCCAUCGAGAUUAUCGAGCAUCACUGCAGAGCAACAAAAUUUAUCUAAAAAAGAGAUUACUAAAUGCUGUGGCUGAGCUUGAGCAACUGAAGCCAAUAGUUCAACAGAAACUCGAGGAGCUAAAUAGAAAAAGCACAUAUCAAGUGAAUAAGGGGAACAAUCAUCAUCAAAAUACUCUUUUAGGAUUCUCAGGAGAGUUUUAUCCAGCCAAUAAGCAAAACCCUAAGGCUUGUGGAACAACUAAGGUAGUAGCACCAGUUCGAGAUUUUGUGUCUCAAGUCCCAAGAACCCAGCAGUUUUUGCUUGUGAAGCCAGUAAAUGAGCAGAUGCGCCAUUUGUCACUUAGUAUACCGCGACCAAAGGAAGAAACUCUGACCAGACAUUCCAUCCUGGGUCCAAAUGGACUUCGAGGACAGUGGCAACCUCCAGCUAGUGACAGAGGGGUGUCUUAUCCAAGUAAUGUUGACUUCACUCCUGUUCUAAUCCCCAGGGAAAACAGGCUCCUGCAGCCUCUAGAAAAUGAAUCCUUGGAUAAAAAGGAUGACGUCAGUUCAGAAUGUGGAAAACCAUGUCUGGAAUCUAUGUUACCGGUAGAUAGUGACAAGCCAGUGCUUCGUCUUGAAGAACCUGCUUCAUUGAUUUCCUUUGAUACAGAAGAAAGCCCUCUACAAUCAGAAAUCAUUAGACAACCGUCUCCUCCACCUGUUCUUGCAGAGGUACAAGAUUUGAUGCCACCUGCAUCAUCUCCAGUCGAUGAGGUGGAAUGUGGAUUGGUUAAAUCAUCACCUGAUGGCCUAAUCUGCUCUGAAGAACCAUUGCAAUUGCACAUUUCCACAUCUCUGAUGGAUGCAUUCAUGAAGCUAGCCAAGUCCAAUACUAACAAAAAUCUGGAAACCUGUGGUGUUCUUGCUGGAUCACUUAAAAACCGAAGAUUUUAUGUCACAGCUCUCAUCAUUCCCAAGCAGGAAUCGACAUCAGAUUCGUGUCAAACUACAAAUGAGGAGGAAAUAUUUGAAGUUCAAGAUAAGCAAUCACUGUUUCCCCUUGGGUGGAUUCAUACACAUCCAACGCAAUCAUGUUUCAUGUCAUCCAUUGAUGUUCAUACCCAGUACUCAUAUCAGAUCAUGUUGCCUGAAGCUAUUGCAAUUGUAAUGGCCCCAAGAGACAGUUCAAGCUUUAUGGUGCUCAAAUUCCAAUGAUCUCGUCCAUGAUGUUUCCUCCUGAUUAAUGUAGAAAGAAGUGCCCUUCAGGAAAUCUGCAGUGACAUAUUUGCUGCAUUUGUUUGAGUCAGCUGUACUGGUCUGUAUUACGUAGAAUCUUUUUCUUUUCCCCUCAGUUUUUUCUGCAUUUGUUCUCUUAGAUCUAGUUUCCAGUUUUAUCUGAAGAGAGUUGGGGUUGAGUUUCAGUUUGUUUUGUUGUGUUGGGUAAAUUGAGUGGUCCGUUGUUUUAUUGUGGUUGAGGCAACCCAAAUUUUGGGGUUGGGCAAAGAAAGGCAGAAUGUGGCGAAGCAUGACCAUUGGGGUGGAAUCAGCCAAUUUGGCUUGAUCUCUCAAUUCGUUCGAGUCUGGAAUAACAUGAAUUUUCGCUCUGGUUAUCUACCCUUGAUUAGCUCUACUGGAGACUAAAAGUAGCUCCUUGAUUUGACAUACUUUUGUUUUGUUUAUCUAUUUGAUUGCAACAAGUAAGCACUGAUUCUGGGGCCCUAUUAGUAAGGCUUGUGAAUGCCAGGAGUUGUGGCCAACAGGCCGAAGAUUCUAUGGAUUGGGAAGCCAAGAGGUGUAUUCUUGGGCCUUAGUUGCAGAUGUGGACAACCUGGUCACAUGUCAAGUGUCAAAUAUGGUUCGUUUGUCAAAACCUUGAAACAUGACAGAAGCUUUGUGGUGAACGAGGGCUGUCAUUCAUCGAUGUAUACCUCACGCCAUGGCUGGUCCAUCUGUUCUAUGGAUCUCGACUUCUCAUCGUCCUUGCUUUCAAAGUUCAUUUCCAUGAUUACCUCUUAACAAUUAAAAAAAAGGGCUCGUUACCAUGAU